AUGGAUCAAAAACCACAACUAGAAUCGCGACCGAACGGUGACAUCGCGAAAAGCCUAGCCACGAUCGGCGUGUCCGACGAGAACGGACAUUCCGUUGAAAUUAACGUUCCUCAGACGUUUCGGCGUCUGUCCUCGCCUUCUCCGUCGUAUCUUGGGUCCACACCUUCGCAGUCGUACCUUGGGUCCACUCCACCGCAGCCUUUCCGCAGACGGUGCGACUCUAUGACCAAAACCGAGGAUGGAGACCAGAACGAGUCCAAAGUGUUGGUCAUCUACACGGGUGGCACCAUCGGGAUGAUCCGGAACGACGAUAACAUGUUGGUGCCCACACCUAGCAACGGAAAUUCUACCGAUUUUCUUAUGGAGCACAAGAUGCGUCAGGACCACCGGUUGUACGACGCAAAGUACGCACAACACAAGUAUGGAGCGUCCAUGAACUGCAGCCCGCUAGUAUUGCCCAUGGUCAAAGGAUUCCGGCGGAUCGUUUACUCGGUGUACCAAUACCCGGAGCUGUUAGACUCGAGCAACAUGUGCAUGCGCGAUUGGCGAAGUAUAGCUGAAGACAUAUGGCAAGCGUACGAACUAUACGAUGGAUUCGUCGUGUUGCACGGCACCGAUACGUUGGCGUACACUGCAUCCGCAUUGUCGUUCAUGUUCGAGAACCUCGGCAAGACCAUCAUCAUUACGGGGGCUCAGUUGCCAGUGUUUGACUUGCGAAGCGACGGAAGCGACAACUUCGUCACCAGUUUGCUGAUGGCCGGUAACUAUUGCAUCCCCGAGGUAACGAUUCUGUUCCAUAACAAACUUUUACGUGGCAACCGUACUGUCAAGGUGGACUGCGAGAGCUUCGCUGCGUUCGACUCACCUAACUUGGCGCCGCUGGCCGUCAUCGGGAUCGACAUCAAUGUGUCGUUUAGACAAAUCUUCAGGCCGAGGUCCAUCGAGAAGUUCACAGUCCACCUACAGCUCGACGAGAACGUCAGUUUGCUGCGCAUUUUCCCCAACAUUACAGCCGACACGGUCCGUACGUUCCUGCAGCCACCCAUCAGAGGUGUAGUGCUCCAAACUUAUGGAGCUGGAAACUUGCCCGGCAACCGCGCCGACAUCAUGGCCGAGCUAAAGGCCGCCACUGAUCGGGGCGUCAUCGUGUUCAACUGCAGUCAGUGCUUCAAGGGAUCGGUAACGGCCGUAUACCAAACUGGGCAUGUGCUGAACCAAGUUGGUGUCAUAUCGGGCAACGACAUUACUCCCGAAGCGGCCCUAGCCAAACUCUCGUACGUGCUAUCCAAGGAUGACUGGGACCUGAGCACCAAACGAAUGAUGCUUGGAGCAAAUCUGAGGGGUGAGAUGAGCGGUGGACCGCCAAAACCAGCAAGGAAGAAUCGUGCCGCGGAUGAGUGGGAUUUAGUGGACGCAGUGGCCCGCACCCUAUUGCACGUCAACGGAUCUCAAGAAUUAACUGCCCUCGGGGGCGUUCUGUUUCCCGCAAUGCUGGGAAACGCUGUCGCUCGUUCUGACUUGAACAAACUGGACGAGCUCAAAGGCUUUGGAGCUGAUUUUUCCGCACAAAACGCUGAUGGCCGUACAGCCUUACACUUAGCGUGCGCCUUGGGAGACGUCCGCAUCGUCCGGUACCUCUUAUUGAAUGGAGCCAGCGUGCACAUCAAAGACAAAUUCGACAGGACGCCACUGAUUGACGCUGUCGAAAACGACCGAAAUGACGUUGUUGCGCUAUUGCGAAGGUGCGGUGCCCAUCUCAACUCACCCGCCAAGCAUGUCGGGCAACAGCUGUGCAAUGCCGCGGCCAAGGGAAACUUGCAGAGGCUGCGAUCUUACGCGGCCGCCGGAGCUGACCCAUAUUCGGCCAAUGACAUGUACGGUAGAACACCAUUGCACGCAGCCGCGCUCACCAACCAAACGGAAGUGGUCGAGUACUUGCUGUCCCUGCACGCCGCCGUCUUUGCGCUCGGACACGUGGACGCCGGGCCACCUGCCGACCUGUUGGGCGUCACUCCGGUGGACGUUGCCCGGGCGGCUGGUCACGCGGUCCUCGCCGAAAAACUUCAGCAGCACUUCCAAAACCCCAAAGGACGCGAAAAAAACCAGUCGCCACAGCUGAAUGGUGACGGAGUGCAGCACAAGGAGAAGGCGUAG